UCGAACUGAGACGUUGCACGGCCAUAUUUGUUAUUGUACUCCAUAGAAAAUAGGAAUUUAUUUGAAUCGUUUGAUUUUUGAAUAGAAAGUGAUUCAGUUCCCUAAUUUUGUGAUGCAUUUUAGUUCAAUUAAUUCUUACCACAGAGAGUAUAAUCAAUGUCAUAAAAACCUAUGCGUAUAAAAAUGGCGGGGACAUCAAAUAAUAAUGGGAAAGCGGGACGAUCAGCUGUCCCAGUGGAUGUGGGAUCGCCCUUACUUGAUUGGGAGGAGGGAGAUCACUUCAGUUUCGAAGAUUCCGAGCGUUUCGAAGAAGAUUCUAUGUGUAGCUGGAGUUCGGAACCCGAAAGCCUUUGUAAUAAUUGGCGAGGCUGGAGAAGACCAAAUUUUCCCAAUUCUUUCGGACCUAGGCCAACGAAAAAACCAACUCAAGAUAAACCUGUAUCAUCACUAAGUGAGUUGGCUGCUAAGUGUGUUGCCAGUCACAUUCCAUUUGAGUUAGUUGAACAUGUGUAUCCACCAGUACCAGAGCAAUUACAACUACAAAUUGCUUUUUGGAGCUUCCCAGAGAGUGAAGAUGAUAUACGUCUUUAUUCAUGCCUUGCAAAUGGAUCAGCUGAAGAGUUUCAGAGAGGAGAACACCUGUUCAGAGACAAGGCGGUUAAGGAUGUUUUACAAAUUGGUUUUCACUUAUCUGCAACAGUUUUACUUACCAUGGCAAGGACUCAGUUUAAUGUAGCUGUGACAUUUGACAGGCAAAAGAUAUCAUCAUGUAACUGUACUUGUUCCUCAUCAGCUCAUUGGUGUUCACAUAUUGUUGCUGUGUGUCUCUUUAGAAUACAUUUACCAACUCAAGUAUGUCUCAGAGCACCAGUAUCAGAGUCUCUACAGAGAUUGCAGCGAGACCAAUUACAGAAGUUUGCACAAUACCUCAUAUCGGAGUUACCACGACAAAUUCUACCAACGGCACAGAAAAUAUUGGACGAGUUAUUAUCAGCUCAACCGAACCAAAUCAACACAACUUGCGGGGCACCUGACCCAACCGCAGGUGCAUCGGCCUAUGAAUACACAUCAUGGUUCCUCGAUGAAAAAACAUUACACAACAAUAUUAAUAAAAUAUUGGUGAAAUUUUGUGUACCAACUCCAAUUGUAUUUAGUGACGUAAAUUAUCUAAGUACAAGCGCUCCGCCGGCUGCGGCUGAGUGGUCCUCCUUGUUGCGGCCUUUGCGCGGACGUGAGCCUGAGGGCAUGUGGAAUUUGCUGUCCAUUGUAAGGGAGAUGUUCAAACGUAGCGACAGAAAUGCUAUACCUCUACUCGAGAUUAUCACUGAAGAGGUCAUGGCUUGUGAACAGAUAAUAGUCUGGUGGUACAGCACUAAAGCGGCCUUAGUGGCGUGGGGUGGCGGGACGGGAGGGAAGCAUGGUGGUGGCGGAGGCAACUCCACCGCUCAGCACGCUUGUUCUUCUCUGUGUGACGAGGUGGUGGUGUUAUGGCGUCUCGCGGCUUUGAACCCUGGACUCGCACCACACGAAAGAGAUACACUUCACGAGCAGUUCACCCAAUGGCACGUGAAGGUUUUGGACAAGGUGGCAAAGAAUCGUAACAAUCACAUAAACACGUCGCAUCCGCGCCAUGUGCGUACGCAUUCUCACCCGCCAUAUAUCAAUGGUAUAAGCGAGACUGAAGUAUUUCCCGGCUUCAACCCGGCUAUGGAAGCCUGUUUCCUUGAAUGGGACGAUUACCCAAUAGCUGGUGUUACAUACACAAAGGACCUCAAUCCGCUCUAUCAUAGCCCUUUUACCAUAUUCAGGCAUUCGGAUAAGCAGGCAGACAGUGUACAUCAGGUAAAUUCAUCAAAGGCAGUACUUAACAACGAGAUGUCUCUCAGCUAUAGACUGACGAAUCCUGAUCCGUCAAUGCAAGGACAUCGAACUCUGGUUCACAGAAACAGUAGAAUAACUGUUGAUUUGGCAAUUGCUGGUCCUUCGAAUCAGGCUUGUGGUUCUGGACAGGAAGCAGCUCGUGAUGCCGGGCCAAGUGACGGGAAUCAUUCGAGUGUCUCAUCCGAAGGUUUUUGUGAAAAUGAAGAAGAAAUGCAAGUUAGCGGCGCUGAUGGUGGUGACACUGACUCUCAGGAUUCAUCUCCACCGAUUUCGUCUGAUGAUGCGAUUCCACCCAGGGAUGACUCAGUCUCUGAUGAUGAAUGUCAUCUCUACUUCUAUGAUGCUACAGCCGCUAGAAGAGUGGCAGCUGACGGAUCUAGCGCAAUAAACGGGGCCAACAGUGUGAGUGGAGCCAGUAGCAGCGGCGCUAGUUGGCAGUGCGGUUGGGAAGUUCAGUUCGCGCGAGCUGAAGGCUUACACGCGCAUGGACAUGCCAGAGAGGCCUGCGCACUUGGCGCCAGUCUUGCCAGAGAGCUAUUGGCUAGACCACCAGCUUUGCUAGGUACAGGCUACGGCGGCAGCGCAGCGGAGUUGCGACGUGCUCGUAGACGUCACGCCCCGUCCCCGCGUCUUUGCGCAGCCAGCCAUCGCACCUCGUGUCUCGCUUCGACGACGCUCGCGAAAUGCGCUUUCCUUUGCACUGUGCUGGCGGAAUUUAGCGAACAACACGAAUUAGCCUUCCGUGUGGGUCUUUUCGCGUUGGAAAUGGCUCGUCCUCCGGCCAGUACUAAAGCUCUGGAAGUGAAGCUGAACAAUCAGGAGUCCGAGCUGGUCUCCUUGCUAAAGAAACUGCCGACUGGUGCAGAACAACUGGACCUGGCUAGGGAGAAGGCGGAACAACUGAGAGAUGGAUUGCUAAGAAGCCGCGGUCCAGCAUUGUUGCCGAUAUCAUUGGCCAGUUUCCUGUUUGAAGUUCUUGUGCUGUCCGCGUCUGAAAACAAACAUCCAGCAAGACUGCUAACAGACGAAGUACUAGGCUUCGAGGCGGCAGUGGCAGCCCUAGGGCUCAAAGCGAACGUGUCGGAAGCAGAUCAUCCGUUACUAUGCGAAGGCACGAGACGACAACGCGGUGACCUAGCUCUGACCCUGCUGUCUUUCUACAAGGACGAUCCCGUUAAACUCGCCCGUAUUAUGAAUAAGCUCCUUGAUCGCGAUAUCCACCAGCUGACAAAGGGUCCAAUGGUCAGCAUGUACUACUCCACGAACCCUCGCUUCAAUACUCGCAGCGAGCAUCACCACCAUCAUCCUCCAGCUAAUAUGCCUGUGGCCGGUCCGUCGUGUAACCUAUCUGGUGAGAUGGAGCGUCUCUCCGUGGGAGAAGGGAAUGGCUCGCCCCCCGCAGCCCCCCAUUCACAUCAGCAGCAUACUACACAUUCCUUGCCUAGGCUUAAGGAUACCAGGUACAAAGGAAAGCGACAAUAUCCCUCAGUGCCAAAUCAGCCUUCGGAAGCGUCGUCUCACUUCAUGUUCGAAUUGGCCAAGUCAGUGUUAUUCAAGGCUGGAGGGUCCUCGAGUACCAGCCUCUUCACUCAGACCUCGUGUGCCAGAGAGCAUCAUGGACCUCAUAGAGGUCUACAUAUGGCGGCUUUCCAAUUGGGUCUAUACGCCCUCGGCCUACAUAACUGUGUUAGCGCCAAUUGGCUGAGUCGUACGUAUUCUUCGCACGUGAGCUGGAUAACAGGUCAAGCCAUGGACAUUGGUGCACCCGCAAUCCUAUUCUUGAUCGAUGCUUGGGAAGGACAUUUGACACCGCCUGAAGCAGCUGGAAUAGCCGAUAAGGCCUCAUCAGGUCGCGACGUCCAAACUGUUCGGGCGGCGGCUGAACUUGCCUUAUCAGUACUACCGCACGCACACGCCCUCAACUACAACGAGAUCCAACGCGCAGUACUGCAGUGCAAGGAACAGAGCGACGCCAUGUUGGAACGGGCCUGUCUCAUCGUCGAAGCCGCUGCUAAAGGCGCCUGCGCAGGUGGCGGGGUUUACCCCGAGGUGCUGUACACGGUGGCCCGUUACUGGCACGAGCUGUACCUGCGCCAAGCCAAUGAGGAAGAGCCCGAGGAGGCCUAUAGGGCUCCACCACCGCUCGCCGUGCCUCUGCCCUACCCGCUGCCAUAUCCCUUCACCUACCACCCUUAUCCGCCACACAUUUAUCGUCUGCAGUUCGAGUGCCCUCAGUACGGUGGCGCAGGUCCGGCUCACCCGGGCGCCCAGUUCGCGAUUCCGCAGUACUUCGUGCGCGGGAUCGUGCCGCCUCACCCGCAGCAACACCCGCAAAUGGCUCAAGUGGCGCAGGUGGCCCAGCACGUCCCGAUGCCGCCCCACGCGCCUCCUCACCAGCCUAUACCCGUCAAUGUGUCUCACCCCGCUCCGAUACCGCCACCUUUGCCUGUCGCCCAUCAACCAGUGGGUGCCGUGGGAGUUGUGCCAGUCAGUACUGCACACGUGAAUAACGGUCCGCCCAUGGGCAGUGUCCCACAAGUACCUGGAGCUGGUCCACCCGCCUUACCGCAAGCGCAGUUGAGGAGAUUACUCGCUGCUUAUAGAGUUGGCAUGCUUGCACUGGAAACCCAGGCCAGGAGGGUCCACGAUGAUAGGCCGCAGAAUAAGUUCGGAAGGAAUCCCCCAUACGGCGAUCACGUGAAAUGGCUUCUGCGUAUAUCGAAACGUCUUGGUGCGCAAUACUUACACCAGUUCUGCGUUUGCGCAGUUAACUCUGUGGUAUCACCGUUCGUGCUAUACGAGUUAUGCGUUGAGUCAGCCCAUUGGCUGGCUAGGGGAGGCCCUCAUCACCUCGUAAUGCAGCAUCUACGGGGCACACUAGCGCCACUCGUGCACAAGUGUCAACAGAUGUACAUUCAAUGCAUCCAUCAGAAGCUAUACCACUUAACAGCAGUCGAGUACGAGGAGUUUGUUGGUAUCGUGUUAUCAGCGCGUACGGCUUUUCAACUUACACCUGAAGGAAACACCCAGUUUAAGGAAUGGCUCGCUUCCCUACGCAGAUCGAAAUCGUGCAAGAAGGACUUGUGGACGCAGCUGAACGCCGCACUUCAGACGAACGGCAAAUGACGUCGGCAGGCGAUAGUUUGUGUGACGCGGGGAUCGGCGCGCAAACUGUCACACCCGCGACGAUGUCGGCACACCCGGCAUCACACACACACACUUUGAACGUGCACGCGUACGUUGGACGCACGCACGUACGCACUCACACGAAUUGUACGGUUUAAUCGCUUUACUCUCACUGUUAACUAUUCUUGCUUCACGAUAAAACUAGAUCAAAUAUUUUUUACACCAACACAGCAAAUGUUUGUGGUAAAAUAUCUUUCUCGGAGUUAAUAAAGCGCCUCUAGGCUAGAUAAAUUGUAUUACAUACUUUAAAUAUUUAACCAUUAGUAGCUAACAGUGACUGGAAGUGAUCUCGGAAAGCUGUUGAGAUGUCGUUAUGCUAAAAUUUUAUUGAGCAGGUCAUGUAAGUUCUCGUUUUCUCUGCUCAAAUUAUAUUUUGUGUAUAAGUUCAUAAAACGGACUACGCACAGUGUUGAUCUCAUCUAGUAGCUUGCGAAUUCUUCAAUGUGACUAUUUUGUGCGUAUUCAAAAAUUAAUAUGAUUUAAAAAAUGUUUAUGACUAUUUUUUUAUAUCUUUGAAAAUUGUAUUGUAUCAAAUAUAUACUAAAAAUAAUCGACAAAAUUUAGUACUGAAAUUUAAUCUUUGUUGAAAUAACUUAAUUAUCUUAACAUCAGUCAUUUUGAUAGAUCGAACAAACUCUUCGUAUUUUUAGCACAAAAUAUUUCAAUCAGUAUACGUAAAAAGAACUAUAUAGUUAAAUGUCAAGGAUAAAUUUAUUUCGACAAAUUAGAACGGUUUGAUGGUUUUUUUUUCGAGCAAAUAAUGUCGACUUGUGUACAGGAUGGUAAGUAUCUAUGGAAAUUGGUCUGUUUUGGACUGAAUGGCUUGUUUUAUUUAGUCAACAAAACUCAUCCACUCUUUACCUAGUCAAUGGUUUUGGACAUCAUUGGACACCAGUGAAGCUUCAGGACUAUAGCUAAUUUAGUUUCCAUUUUUUAUUUUAAGAAUUCAUUUUCAUAACAGAUCUCGAUUAUUUAAUUCAUUUUGAAACGAUUGAAUACAGAUCCGUUUUCUAGACGAAACGAAAACAGUGCGAUCGUUUAAACGGUAUUUUAUACAAUUAGUUUGUUAGAGACAUUAUCAUUAAUUUGGUUUAAGAUGUUUACGGUUAUUCAUCAAACAAUACUCAUCCGCGUCCAUUAGUGAAUUAGUACAGAUCUCCGUUUCGCUUAGUUAAGCGUUAAUAUUGCUCAUUGCUAGUUAUGUUUGACCUAUGUUGGUCAAUAUUGCGUAGUAGAACGGUUGUUUUGAGUUGAAAGUAAUUUGGCAAGUUGGGACAAGCGGAUGUCAGCGUUUAUCGGCAAUUAAAUGUUGUUUCAUAAGGGUGGGGUCGUUUGAUUAGCAUCAGCCGAGCGUUGACGCCUCGUAGUCGGUCUGUAAGAUGUCUAUCGCCAGACGGACAUUUGUAAGGACAAGACAAUUAUAUUUCUUGUUUAGAAUCCGUCUUGCAAUAUUAAUGAUUCUAGUUAGAUGUGAACUCGCUUUGUAUUGUCUUUUUAAUGCGUGUUGUAACUAAUUCGGUUUGGCUAAAGGGAAUGGGUAAAUUGGUUCAAGAAUAAAUUAAAAAUAUAAGUCAUAAUCCCGUUUUAAAUAAUCUCCUACGAUUACUAGCUUCAAGUGCGAUUAUCAACUUACCCUAUAAAUAAAUAUAUAGAUCUAAACCCACUUGGUCCGUUCCGACUUUGGGUAGUUGAAAUUUCCCAUUUUCCUUUCUUGUGUAUCGUCCUUGUAUGUAGAGUAUAAGACAGAUCGUAGCUGAGAACAGUCGGUACACUAUUUUUGAUAUUAUCUUGUCGAAAUUUGCAAUUCACGAGUGUUUCCGUAAUGAGGUUUUUGCGGUGUAUUAGGACGAGCGUUUUAUUAACUAUAGUAAGGUUUAUUUACAAGUUAAUAUAACGAGAUGUAGCUUCUUGAGAGACUUUGAAAUAUUAUAAUGUAGGGAUAGGAGCUGGCAACGUCUCAUUCCGAUUUCGGAUUCACUACUAUAUCGAUACCGACUAUUUGGCCUUGCAACUGCAUUGAAUUUAAAAUAUUGUUAGUAUUAAAAUAGUAAGUACAUUCUCCUGUAUUUAACGAAGCAAUAAAACAUUUGUCAUGUAGGUGACAACUUUUUUGUACUUAAGCUGUGACGUUAAGUCCUACUACGGCUUGUAAAGACUGACCUAAAUACAGUUUGGAUCGCUCAGAGUUCAGGGAUUUAUGGAUCAUAUGAGUCGAUGAAUUAUAUGCGCCGGUUUAGUCGUAAUUUGCUGUUGUAUGAUUAGAAGAAUUAUUCGCUAGAUUCCUUACCGGUUGUGGGUAUGUUAAGAUAUCGGAAUGACGAGAGUUGCCGGACGUGUGUCGUUAGGCUUAGUUCAAUCUUUAAGUAGACGUGCAGACAUUGACGUGUGGAUGUUUUCGACGUUCAGUAGUUAGUAAAUUUCUAGAAUGCUAGUUAGCGUAAAUUGAAGUUUGUAUGGAAAUCUAUGGGAAAACUUUAUUUGGUGUUCGUUCUUUAAAUGAAUUUAACAAAGUUUUGCCGUAUAUUUAACUUCGUCUAUAGUUCAGCGUUAAUCGAUAUUUUUAAAUAUUUAAAAUUUCAAUUUUUGAUGUUAAUGUGGGCUGCAUAUUUUUUGGAUGAUUUUGUACGAGGGUUCGUCUGGGUUUUAGAUUGUAAAUCACUUAAUUAAAUCCCACUAUACGCGUUAAAUGUAAAAUGUACUUUGCGCCCAAAUGGAAACUCGUAGCUUUCGCAAAAGCUUUUCAAUAUUAAUGCACUGAAUUUAAAUAGUUCCGGACGUCAAAUUUAGUUCAAUCACAUAAUUGUCAAUAAAAUGAAAUUUCAUCAUUCACUUGCCGUCCAUAAUUAUUUUGCAAAUAAUGUAGCUUUGUUGCUGUAUGGUCAGUUAUCCCUAAUACAUAUUUACAUAACUAAUGCAAUAUAAUUGGAUACAUUCUCGAUCAAUAUGAUUAAUUUUGGAACAUUAUCCUCCAUUCAUUAGCGUAAAGUGCUUUGACAUUUUGUCUCAAAGAACUAUUUUUACACUUAAAUUAUAUGAAAAAAAAAGUAAAAAAAAUAUAUAUCGUUAGUUUCGUAAUUUUAAGACGUUAGAAUGAAACAUAUUUUAUAAAUAGUCGUUUAAUGCAUGUCGUAGUUUUAAUGCAGUAUCGUGUCAAUGGUUUGUUCACAGAUAAUAUAAAAUUCAACAUAAUAUCUAUUGCGCAUUGUAACAUUGUUUUCAUUGCAUUGUUGAAGACAUGAAGUAUUUAAUUAUGGUUGACAUUCUAUGUAUUUUAUAAUCUCUUUGGUAAUGGAUUUAUGUCCAAUUCGUAUUUGCAAAUAUCAUCACAAUGACGUAACUGAAGUAUAAUAGGCCCUGGAACGAUGCAUAAUUUAUUUUAUACACACCUUAUUGUAGUUUAAUUAUACACUUUGUAAGUGUGGUGUCUCCGCCUAUUAAAAUAUUUAACAGUUACAGUUUGAACUAUUUCGAUAAAGAGAUUCGUUCAUAUAUAUUCAAGUAGUUUUAUUUUAGUGGGCUUUGUUUAUAGAGACCUGUAUCUGUCUCAACAGCGGCGGCGUUAACUUUAAUAUUGUCUUUACCGCACGGUCACAAGGUUGCGAGAGUACUAUAUAGAUUGCAUACAGAAAGAGUUUGGAUCACUAUUGACUUUGAUUGCCGUAAAGCAAGUCUCUAUCGACAAGGUCGGUCGACUUGUAGGAAAUCGAACAUCUAAAGAGUUUUGAAGAUCAUUAAUCGAUCAUUUAUUAGAAUGAAACGAUUCGUCGAUGUUCAAUUUCAAACAAGCAAUAUCCCAACGUAUUAUUGCGUUCAAAAUAUAAAUGACAUUCAUGCUUACAUUUAAUCUUAGAUUAAUUUGUUAAAUAUAUAUGUGAAAUGUCAAAAACUACUGUUUCGCAUCGGACCGGUUCGUGAGUCUUAGAUAUUAUUAAAUUGCGAAAUGGUUGUUUCGGUUCGAUAUAGACAAGUAAUUUAUAUCAACGUGAGGAUUUCUUUGCUUGACCAAGUUACUUGCACUAUUGACGGCCAUAUUUCUUUGUUCGGUUCCUAUAGUAACGAGACAGCUUCGCGGAUGUAGGAUGCGAGCCAGCUUCUAUACUUUGUGACUUCCUUAAGUGCCCAGGAACUUUGUAUUAACUAUUUCUUAUAUCGCAAAUGGUUGUAACUAUAUUAAAGUUAUUAGUGGAGCGACAAUCGCGCACGAUUUGAGAUUGCGGCCGUACACUGACGCAGCGCGUUGUCGCCUCCAUGCGAGCGUGCAAUGCUUCGAGAUGGCAAGUACAUGCGGUUGCAUGUCGGCCAACAACGUGAUUUUUCCUAUUUCCCACUGUAUCGUAUGUUUCCUCUUCAACUCAAAAAUGUUUUGACUUCUAGAUAAUUUUUAUUAUUAAUUUUACGAUAUCACAUAAGUCUUUUUGGCGAAAUAUUUAAAAUAACAUUAUUUAAUUAUUCAAUAUACUUAUUCUAU